UCCACCUAAAGAUUGAUACAAAUGGAUUAUGCUCUAAUUGUUUUUACCAUUUGAAAGAUGACUUUCUUAACUUAAGGAUCAAUUAAUGGGCAGAAUCCUAUCUCCAAUCCUUCUAAAUAUAUGCUCUAUCACACUAACCAUUCUUAAUACUAUUGCAUUGGGGGGAAGGCCAACCAUAUCUUUCAUUGUUUACUCUAAUUAUUCAAAUACCAUCAUCAAUUGGGACAAGAAAACACAAAAGCUUUGGUGGAGGACUAUUGUUUGGGUAUAAUUUGGAAAGGUUUACUAAAUUUCCCCAAGACACAUGGGCUACCACUGCUUCCUCCCCUUCUCUAUCUUUUUUCCCAGUCUUUCUCCCUUUUCAUUAUUCUCUCUUUCUUUUUCCCAUGGCAUACUAGCCCCACUACUACUAGCCACCCAACAUAUAAUAUGCAUUCACAUUUUAUUGUGUUUGUGCUUUGAGCCCCACCAUUUCCAUACUUUUUAGUUAUGAAACAUGUAAUCUUAUACAAAGCCUUCUCAAAUCUUGAGUAGUAUCCUAAUUUGAUUUCUGUUUACCUCUCCAAACAUCAACAAAUUUGUUGAGAUAAGUUUUAAAUUUGUCUAGUCUUUGACAUAACUUGUUUUGGUUCCAUCAGUUAGGACUAGCUAAUAUUAUAUAAGUACCCUCUUGAGCACUUUGUUUCAUGAUCAUAUUGAAAAGUUCUUAACAUUUCUUCCAAAAUAUGUUUUGUAAUGUAUAGUCCUUCUCGAAAUAAUGAAAACUGCUCUCGAUUGCUUAUUAGCAUAUUCAACACAUAUUAGUGAACCACUUAAUUUCAUAUGCUGUUUAUAUUUCAUUAUUGACCAAGAAAAAUUUCAAGUUUUGAGUUCAAUAAUUUUCUAUCGAGCUGUUUUCUCUCCUUGUCGUUAAUCAUUAAAAAAUGAUAAUCUAUUGGAUUUGACGAAUUUUUUUGCUAUUGCUCAGAAAUUCUCCCACUACUAAUUUAACCAGAAUCUCAUUUGCUUGAAUUCAUGCAUGACACUGAUUGAAAAAGUCAUCUUUUGGAACCAUAAAUGUAACUGCAGGAGGCUUGGAAUCGGCGCAAGACUAGUCCACAAAGUAGAAGAAUGGAGCAAACAAAACGGCGCCGAAUAUGCAUACAUGGCAACCGAUUGCACCAACCAGCCUUCCAUCAACCUCUUCACCGGCAAAUUCUCCUACACCAAGUUCCGGACCCCUGCCAUGCUCGUCCAGCCGGUACACGCUCACCGCAAGUCCAUACCCUCCUCCGUCGCCAUCAUCCGCCUGACCCCUCAGACCGCCGGACUAAUCUAUCGUCGAGCAUUCAGCACCAAAAAUGCCGAAUUCGUUCCACAGGACAUCGACAGCAUCCUCUCCAACAAGCUAAACAUGGGCACCUUCAUGGCCGUGCCAAAAUCAUACAUCGACACAAACAACAACACCACCCUCAAGUCUCCGUUGGAGAGUUUCGCGAUCAUGAGCAUCUGGAACACGAAGGACGUGUUCAAGAUGCAAGUGAAGGGUGCGUCGAGGUUGAACCGCGCCUGUUGUGUGGGUUCGAGGUGGCUGGACUCGCGGCUGCCUUGUCUGAGGCUGCCCUCGAUCGAUCCCAAAGUGUUUAGGGAGUUUGGAGUCCAUGUGAUGUACGGAUUGCACAUGGAAGGAGAGGGUGCGGACGGGCUGAUGAGGGCUCUGUGCCGGUUCGCGCACAAUGUGGCUCGAGACGAUGAUGGGUGCGGAGGGCUGGUCUGUGAGGUUGGUCCACGGGACCCGGUGCGAAAUGUGGUCCCGCAUUGGAGGAGGUUUUCGUGGGAACAGGAUAUCUGGUGCAUCAAGAGGCUUAGGAAAGAGGUUCAUGAUCAUGUGGAUGGAGGAUGUGAGCCCUCCGAUUGGGCGACUUCUUCGGGUUCGUCGCCUGUAAUCUUUGUUGAUCCUAGAGACUUUUGAUGACCCUUUGUCAUCACUAAACUAGUAAACUAUAGGAGAAUAU